CCAUUCUACCGCUGCGGACCGCGGGCCAGGGUCAUGUCCCGAAAGCAGGCGGCCAAGAGCCGGCCGGGCGGCAGCGGCCGGAAAGCCGAGGUCGAGCGCAAGCGGGACGAGCGGGCGGCGCGUCGGGCCCUGGCCAAGGAGCGGCGGAACCGGCCGGAGUCCGGCGGCGGCGGCGGCUGCGAGGAGGAGUUCGUCAGCUUCGCCAACCAGCUGCAGGCCCUGGGGCUGAAGCUGCGGGAGGUGCCGGGGGACGGCAAUUGCUUGUUCAGAGCUCUUGGUGAUCAGCUGGAGGGACACUCACGACGUCAUCUCAAGCACCGACAGGAGACAGUGGACUACAUGAUAAAGCAGCGGGAAGAUUUUGAACCCUUUGUAGAAGAUGACAUUCCUUUUGAGAAGCAUGUGGCCAGUUUGGCAAAGCCUGGUACUUUUGCUGGCAAUGAUGCAAUUGUAGCCUUUGCAAGAAAUCAUCAAUUGAAUGUGGUGAUUCAUCAGCUUAAUGCCCCUUUGUGGCAGAUUCGGGGUACAGAUAAAAGCAACGUGAGAGAGUUACACAUCGCGUAUAGGUACGGAGAGCACUAUGACAGUGUUCGGAGGAUCAAUGACAACUCAGAAGCACCUGCACAUCUCCAGACGGAUUUUCAGAUACUUCAUCAAGAUGAAUCAAAUAAAAGAGAAAAGAUUAAGACAAGGGGAAUCGAUUUUGAAGAUGACCUGAGAGAUGAAGUAGAAGAUGCCGUCCAGAAAGUUUGUAAUGCAACUGGAUGUUCAGAUUUUAAUUUAAUAGUCCAGAACCUGGAAGCUGAAAACUAUAAUAUUGAAUCUGCAAUAAUUGCCAUGCUUCAGAUGAACCAGGGAAAAAGAAAUAAUGCAGAGGAGAAUCUUGAGCCCAGUGGUCGAAUGCUGAAGCAAUGUGGCCCUUUAUGGGAGGAGGGUGGCAGUGGUGCCAGAAUCUUUGGAAAUCAGGGCUUAAAUGAAGACAGGACCGAAAAUGAUAAGGCGCGGGCCAGCCCUAGUGAAGAAUACAAAGCAAAUAAGAACCAGCCCCCAAAGGUCACAAACAAACAGAGGAGAGAGCAGCAGCGGCUGGAGAAGAAGAAACGACAGGAGGAGAGGCACCGUCACAAAGCCCUGGAGAGUAAAAGUGGCCACAGGGACAACAACAGAAGUGAAGCAGAUGCGAACACACAGGUCACCUUGGUGAAGACCUUUGCUGCUCUCAACAUCUGACUCUCCGGCCUCCUGGGAGUUAAAACAAAAGCAGAUGGAAAAUGGAGGCUGCGUCCCAGGCUUUCCAGCGAGGCCGUCCUUUCACAAUACGAAACACAACCAAGAAAACCCACACAUAAGCUCACAUACAGACUUAGUUUCCUUCAAGCUGCCUAUUUUUUGUUCAAUUUUGUCAGUGAUGUGUUUUGUUUUAUGAAAGUGCAGUGAAGCCAUUCAUGUUCUGUACUACAAACGUAUAAAAUACUGAGUUUUAGGGACGGAUGAAUAGGUCAGGAAAAACCUUUUAAGUGUAGCUUUAUUUGCCCUGAAAGUCAGAGUUCAGUGAUCCUGGGAUCUUUCCUUUAACACUGGGGGUGAAUUUUGCUCUAAUUGUUCUUGAAAUAGUUUAGCGUAAUUGUUAGAAAUUCAGAAUGACAAGCUUCCUUAGUUUCUAUUUCAUUUUCAAACAGGUAUUAACAAAUAGGGUAGUUUAUAAAUGAUCUCCAACUCAGGAACGUGUUUAGAUUUAAUUUUCUUCUAAUCCGAAUUACUCAGAAAAUAAUUCAGGAAUUGUUUUCCCAGCGUAAUAUGAUAUGAGGGUUGUGGCCUGUAGUCAGGAUGGAAAUUAAAAAACUACAUUUCUUUCUUUCCUGAUUCUGACGUUAUUUCAGAUGGGAUGCAGGUGCUGUUAGUUCAUUUGCACUCAAGCCAUAUGAUAAAUGCACCUGACUGUUAAUUAGGCCUGGGCCUUUCUGGGAAGUCGAUAAUGUCUUGUUUUUGGUACUUGUUCCCUGACAAUGGGAAAAUGGCGUGUUACUGCUUGUGGUGCGGUUCUGGAAUUCUGAUAGUAUGUAGAGCAGGGUCUG